AUGGGGACCUACAUGCAGCUGAGCACCGGGGCGAAGAUGCCCCUCGUGGGGCUGGGCACCUGGCAGUCUCCAGCUGGGCAAGUAACAGCUGCAGUGAUGGCUGCCAUCGAUGCUGGGUACUCCCACUUUGAUUGUGCCUACAUAUACCAGAAUGAGAAGGAAGUUGGGGAAGGGAUCCAGCAGAAAAUCAAGGAAGGCAUCGUGAAAUGAGAGGACCUCUUCAUCAUCAGUAAGCUAUGGUGCACAUUUCAUGAAAAAACUCUGGUGAAGGGAGUACGCCAGAAGACUCUUUCUGCCCUGAAGCUGGAUUACCUGGAUCUCUGCCUCAUGCACUGGCCUCUGGGGUUCAAGGCAGGAGACAAGCUGUUUCCCAAAGAUGACAAAGGCAUGUCUAUACCCAGCAACACAGAUACUCUACAGACACGGAAGAUUAUGGAAGAGCUGGUGGAUGCUAGUCUGGUAAAAGCAAUUGGAAUCUCCAGCUUUAACCACAAGCAGAUUGAAAGGAUCCUGAACAAACCAGGACUGAAGCAUAAGCCUGCAAAUAACCAGAUCAUAUGUCAUCCAUACCUCACCCAGGAGAAGCUGAUCAAGUACUGUCAAUCCAAAGGGAUUGCUGUGACAGCCUCUUGGCUCUCCUGACAGGCCAUGGCUAAGCCAGAGGAUCCUUCCUUUCUGGAUGACCCCAAGAUCAAAUUGAUCACAGCCAAGCACAACAAAACCCUAGCACAGGUUCUCCUUCGCUUCCAGAUCCAGAGAAAUGUCACUGCGAUUCCCAAGUCUGUCACACCACAGCGCAUUGUGGAGAACUUCAAGGUGAUUUCCAGCUGUUUCUCUUUUUGGGUAUUUGCCUUUGAAUUGACUAAAGAGGAGAUGGCAGCCCUUCUCAGCUUUAACAGAAACUGGAGGAUCUGUGCAAUGAUCAUGUCCAAAACUCACAAGGACUACCCUUUCCAUGCAGAAUACUGA